CUCAGUUUCCCAUAACUCCCUAAUCCCUUUCCGCAUAUACGGGUUGUCUAAGGGGCUCUCGCACGGGUGAACUUCCUUUCGCUCCGACAUCUUGACGAGGAAACAUGCCUCCCAAGCAGGAUAAGAAGAAGGACUCUGGGAAGUCCAAGAAGGACAAGGACCCAGUCAACAAGUCCGGAGGCAAAGCCAAGAAGAAGAAGUGGUCCAAGGGAAAAGUAAGGGAUAAGCUCAACAACCUGGUCCUCUUCGACAAGGCAACCUACGAAAAGUUGUACAAAGAAGUCCCGAACUACAAGCUCAUCACCCCCGCUGUUGUGUCUGAGAGGCUGAAGAUCCGUGGCUCCCUGGCCAGGAACGCCCUCCAGGAGCUGCUUAGCAAAGGCAUGAUCAAACUGGUGUCCAAACACAGAGCCCAGCUGAUUUACACACGUAACACCAAGGGUGGAGAUGAGGAGGCGGCAGCAGAGAAAGCAGCAGAGAAAGCAUAAUCAGGUUCUCCUGUUUCCUCUGAUGAGCCGUUUGUAAUAAAAGAUGAAUAAAAACUGUAAAGACAAAAUC